AUGGUCAAAGUUUACGGAAUUUUCAUAUUAAAUCAAACAACUCCGACCAGUAAGGCUACUGUGUUCUGUAGUCAUACCGAUAGUGGGACUUGGUAUAGCUUCUUGUACACGGAUCAAAUUACAGAACUUACCAUCUUCUUAGCUAAAUUAUUGGCUGAAAAAACAAAUCCAGGAUAUAGACAACAAGUAGAAAAGGAUGAACUCACUGGUUACGUUCAAAAAACAAAAGACGGUUUGAGCUGUGUCGUGGUGACCGACAAGGAUUAUCCAUUUCGUGUGGCCUUUGAUUUAGUGAGGCAUACGUUGAGAGAUUUCACGGAUUGGCGUACACAGCAAACACUUUCGUCGCGGAAUGACGAUCCAGCUCAAUACACAGCAACGAUCAAGGAUUUAAUGACGAAAUUUCAAGAUCCAACGCAAGCAGACAAAAUUCUCAAGUUAAAAAAGGAUUUGGAAGAAACAAAGGAAAUUUUACAUCAAACGCUCGAGAAAUUAAUGGAAAGAGGCACUCACAUUGACAAGCUCAUUGAGCAAACCAAUGAACUCUCAGAAGGAGCCAAAGAAUUCUAUCGAAAGACCCGAAAGAAUAAUUGUUGUAGUAUUUUGUAA